AUGGGAGGAAAGCGUCUACGAUCAAUUUUAUUAAGGCCCAAAAACGAGGGCUCGUUCAUGUCCGCUGUGAGAGAAUGGGAAAAGAAGGCUGGCUUCAAGACUCCUAUAGUGUGGUUCAACACUGUAGCAAUCACACUGUUCCAUGUCCUAGUACUGGUUUCAGCGUAUCGCAUAUUUAUCGACGGUCGUUAUUAUCCGAAAUGGCAGACUAUCCUGUUUCUGUUCUUACUAGUAGUGUUCACUGGUUUUGGAGUGACCGGCGGUGCUCACCGGCUUUGGAGCCACCGCGCCUACAAAGCGAAGCUUCCUUUACAAAUCAUAUUACUCAUAGGUUUCUUAACAGCUGGAAUGAACGACCUGUACCAGUGGGUGCGCGACCACCGCGUGCACCACAAGUUCUCCGAGUCGUCUGCUGACCCCCACGACGCCAACAGAGGCUUCUUCUUCGCCCACGUCGGCUGGCUGAUGACGAAGAAGCACCCUGAUGUGCUCCGCGAGGGUCUUAAAGUCGACAUGAGUGACAUUCAAAACAACCCUUUAAUCCGGUUUCAUUUAAAGUACUUUCAGAUAUCGAAACUUGUGUUUGCCUUCGUCUUACCGCUUCUAACUCCGAUUAUGUUUUGGGACGAACGCGUAUCUGUAGCAUUCUUCGCGCUGAUGCUUAAGUAUACGUUGAUCCUUCACAACAAUUGGUCUGUGAAUAGCUUUGCUCAUCUGUAUGGCGGUCGACCUUAUGACAGCAAAAUAAUGCCUCGUGAAAACUGGAUGGUUGCAUUUUCUACCAUUGGCGAGGGCUGGCACAACUACCAUCACACGUUCCCGUGGGAUUACAAGGCGGCGGAGAUUCCCUAUACGUUUCCUCUUAACGCCACCGCGAAUCUACUGGAUUUGUUCGCCAAAAUUGGCUGGGCCUACGAACUGAGGGUAGCCUCGCCCUCAAUGAUAAAACGCGUCGCUGAGUCUAAAGGAGACUCGACUUACAAAGAGCUGUAA